AUGGCGGGGGCAGUUGUCUUCAGGUUUGGUGGCAAUCAUAGGGGCUUGUUCGGGCCCGCCCGCCGUCGGCACAGGCGUGCGGUUGCUCCUGCUUCCCAUCCUGAGUCCACAAAUGGUAGUUUCUUCGGUGUCAAUUCAUCUACCGCCGUCUUCCCGAGGUUCACCAAUUGCUCUCGUCGUAGUUCCUUAGCCAGAGGAAGAGGCCAGUUUAGUGUGCUCUGCAGGGCCGCGGGGGCGCAACCGAAGGGCAUGUCCGACGAUGCUAAGGUCUCUAUAGGUGUUGGACAAGACCGUUUGAAGAAGGUACACUUUUCUUUACUGCCACUGAAGGACGUGCCCUCCGGCAUAUUUCUUUCCAUCCCUUAGUUCCGUUGAAAUGGAAAUUUCUUUUUUAUCUACUGUUGAACGCUUAGACCGAUUUGUAUGGGUAGACAUAGUUUAUCGGCAUAUAUUCGUCAUCAGCUCAUGAGAAAUUGCAAAAGAAAGACAGCCAGAAGGAGAGAUGAAAAGUGUAGAAUGACUAUCGAUACGCAUCUGAUAAAGAAAUCGUUGUCGAGGAUUGGCUCACGCUACAGUGAGCUUGCUAUUAUGUCAUUUGAGAAAAAUUGGUGACCAAGGGAAAGCAAAGAACGAUAUGUUUUUUGUGGGAAAAAUCCUUGUUUUUAGUAAAGGCCUUUCUCGAUGGAUGGCUCUGAGCAUCUUCUUAAUCUCUUCCCGAAUAGUUAUAUGCAUUUUCGUCUGCGUCCUAAAGGAGCAAUCAGGCUUUGUCAUUGCUGUUUUUGUUUGCAGAAAGCAUCAGAGUUUCACUGAGAACUUAUUGUCUUGCUUUUGUUUAAGAAUCCAUCCAGUAAAAAAUCUUAACUUAAUUGUUCCGCCUUUUGAGUUUUAUUUUCUUUUUUUAACUUAAAUAUAUUUUUUAACUGGUAAACUAUUGUCUCGUGAUUUAUUUCGACCACAUUCCUAAAUAAUCAUGUUGUACACUGUGUACUAUUUUUUUCUUUGAUUUUUGCCUGCGAUCUAGUUUAAAUGGUAUAGUAAAGCUGAAAGUGCUACAGAAUCUCCUAGUUCACAAGCCUACUGGUCUUGUGAACAUCACCCUUGUGUCUGAACCUUAAAAUGAAGUCGGUUUAGCAUUUUCACUGCUUAGGAUCAUGUCCCAGUCAUAGAUGUAAACAUUGAUUCGUUUCUAAUUUAUUUGUUAUCACAUCUUCUGGUUUCUUUAAUUAAUUUAUGAAUUGCAUUGGGGGUUGGAAGCUGUUUGGAUCUGUUUUCUCUAACAAUGAUAAUUAAGUAAACCCUACGGUGGCAUACAUGCCCAUACUCCUUGAGCGGAACAUCUUUCCAGUAUGCAGCUUAUUAAUAGGUAUUCGAGUAUAGACAAAAAAAAUCAGCUCAUAACCUGUUAAUCAUAUCUGAUGCAUUUCCAGGAUUUCAAUGAAUAUCAGAUGGUAAUCACAAGUGGUAAUUUAUAGGGAAAACACGGCAGAUUUGUGAAAUGUAUAUGAAUAAAUGCGAAUAGAUUCAUUUCAAAAUACUGGACCACUUCUGGAUUCUGUCCUACAAUUCAAUUGUCUAAAAUGUUGUGAUAGUUAGAAAUGGCAAUUAUGAACUCAGAGAAAAGCAGGUUGUGCCAGAUUAUAAUGAAGUUAGAUAUUUAUGCAUCGUAUAACUAAACCCUAAAAGUAAAUAUCUAAUUCAACAUGGAUGUACCACAUAUGGAGGGAAAAGUUUGUUGGCAAAACUGUUCUCCAGCAUAAAAAUGAUAACUUAAAGAAAACUUAUAGCUGAUAAAAUCAAUCAAUAAUAGCUUUUUUCUUCCACCUCGACAUGUUUUUUCCAAGUCAUAUUCAGUUAGCCAUUUUCUUCAAUCCAGUUCGAAUGGUUUACUCAUUCCAGUGAACUCCAAGUCUUCCCCUUUUUGGGAUCAUGAGGGAUCUAUUCUAUGGUUAGAGAUGGGGAUAUAGCUUCUUUAAAUGCACGUAAAGAUUCAAGCUUUAGAAAAUAAGGAAUCUGACCAAUUUGAUGGGUCAGGACAAGCAUGGGGGAAGACAGAAGCUCAGAAAAGGCACGUUGGUCCCAUAAGUGGCGAGGGUAGGUUAUGGUGCUAACAAACAAUGACAUUUUGAUGCCUCAUGUUGAGAGAGGAUGUGGGUGUAUGAGACAGAGGAGAUAAGCUGACAGCAGGGACAAAUAUAUGUGCAAAAGGGAAAAAACCAUCAUGAUAACACAAGAUGGCAGCAUGAAUAUCGUAUCAUUGGUAUGUAGAACGUUUCUCUUGUCUGCUACCUUUCCUAGAUAUGAUGGCUUCUUUCUUUUGAUUAAAGGUCCAUUACUGACCGUGCAAGAUAGCAGAUUGACACUUCAGCCAGGAUAUCUUAAACAAGAAGAUGUGUUCUUACUGAAGAUUCUGAGCAUGAUAAUGUCUUGAAAGUUGUCAUGAGAAUGAAUAAUAUGCCAGAAGAUAGUCAACGUGUGAAAUGGGGGUGUCAGUGGUUGGUACAGAGAACGAGAUAUUCGAAAUUUCUCAUCUGAUGUCUAGGGGUGGAGGUGGCUGUAACUAGUGUGUAUGCCAGAGAGCUUCCCAGAUCGUAUCUAUGUUUUAGUCUUACGAGGAUAAUAUGCAGGUCAAUUUAAAUGGGUACUGUCCUUCGGUUUUUUUAUAAGUCUUUAUAUGGCAAUAUAACAUGGCAUAUGGAUCAGAGAAACUUCGUACACUACUACAGUACGAGGAAAGCUGCAAAAUUUCAUGGUUGUUAAUUGAAAUUGGGUUAUGUCAAUACUUGGUUUUUAAUAAGAUUAGAUUGGUUGUGAUUUCUGUAGUUAAUGAACCUGAAUUUCCUUUAUGUUUCAAUUUUGUUUUUGGUUGUGACGAACUAAAGCUCAUGAUAUUAUUUUCAUGUUUGAUCUGUAAUGCUCAACUUCCAAGUGGCUGCGAUACUAUACAUGUUCAGAGAAAAUCUUGAUCUUACUGUGCAUUUGUUUCCAAGAAAUUGGUAGACUUAGCAUGCUUUUUCUUUGUCUCACAUUUUGACUACGUGCUUUAUGCUUCUAAGCAGGUUCCAAUAUCCCACAUAAGAAACUUCUGCAUUAUUGCCCAUAUUGACCAUGGGAAAUCAACCUUGGCAGAUAAAUUGUUGCAGUUGACUGGAACAGUACAAAUGAGGGAUAUGAAAGAACAAUUUCUUGAUAAUAUGGACUUGGAGAGGGAGAGAGGAAUAACUAUUAAAUUACAGGUAUGAAAGGUUGAUUCUUGUCUUUCAUUUGAAAAGUUGGUUUCAUUGUUAUUCACCAUUCUUUAAAUAUUUUUUCCCCAUCAUUUGAAUGGAAAGACAUGUUUGUGGAUAAUAGCUUGGGAUUUUCUUCUGAUCUUCUUGUGUAUAAAUAUUGUCUAGCUUGAAUAUUGUGCUCUGACUUGACUGAGAAACGAGUUCGCUCCUGUUUGGCAUGCUAAAAUUGGGAUAUUGAGUACAAAAACGUGUAAUUUUUAAGUGCUGCUGAUGACGUUGUUUUUCAUGAGAAUGGUAUGGAAGGGCCUUUUGGCUACAAGCGUCAUGAAAAAUUUUGCAAGGGCUGACGGAAAUAACUUGAUGUCUCAUCCAUGAUGUCUAUGCAACACUGCAGAUUUAAUGUUUUUCCGUGACUUGUAAAGAUGACAGAUACAAACCCUUUAGGUGAUUUUCUCAAUCUGCUGAACACAUAAUACGAUUAUGGUUUUAGUAUUUGUUGUUUCACCGAAUGUGUAAUUAUUUUUUAGGGUACAAUUAUGUCAUGUUUUUCACAAGCUAAGGUUUUAAGGAAUGCCUUCAAAUGAUCAAUAUUUUGGAUUGUGGAACCAUAUUGUGUUAAUAUGUCAGGAAGGAUGCUAAUCUUUCUGUAGUUGAUAACAUGGUUUCUUUUCAUUUUUGAGCACAUGCAGACUUAUUCUACAAGCGAGUGGUGAGUAUUCUGUACUCUAGAGAGACAACUUUUGAGAUGUGACGACUUGUAGAAUGAGUUCAUUAUGAAGAGGCUGCUGCCAAAGCUUAAUUAACAUUUUUCAUUUUUCUUUUUUCCUUGUAAGACCCUUCGUUUAUUUGCUGUCGAUGAUGCUUUAUCCUUGUAGUUGAUUUGGUUUAAGUGGAUCUUUAUCUGUGUUAUGUAGAGUCUUCUAACCUCUUUAUUUGACGUUGUGUUUUCUGAUUCUCACAUUUGAUUUGACUAUUCUUCUUUGAUAUAAUCAUUACUACAAAUAUGACAUGGAUGCAUCAAAAAAUUGAUUGUUAGUAAUGCAAAAAUCCCCAAAUCUAGGCAAAAAUCAGUAUAUUUGUCACACAAUCUGCUUUACUCACUGUCAAGAGUGGAAGUUUCAACAUCUGCUAACUCACUGCCUUGAUCCUGGUAUGGAUCACUUUAUGAGGUGAAAAUGAUCUCAGAGGUGGGGCAGAUUUCAUGCCCAAAAGUCAUCUAUGUGCAUUUAUUGUAGCAAAUAUGUGACAAAACCUUUGUGUUUUGUUUUUAUAAAUGCAUUGUUUGCCUUAAUAUUGUUUCUAGUUUCUUUAUAAUUAAAGGGUUUGUCAUCUGGUAGCAUCUCAAGUUACAAUUUUGGAACUUUUCCAGGCUGCUCGAAUGCGUUUUGUUGUAGAUAAUGAGCCAUAUUGCCUGAAUCUGAUUGAUACUCCAGGUCAUGUUGACUUCUCGUAUGAGGCAAGUAAUUUUGCUUCCGUCAUUUAACCUUGGUAACUGAUUUCUUCUUCUUCAUUUUAUGUAAUGAUUUUAUAAUACUUUUGAUGAUGACACCCUAUGUGUUUUCUCUAUACUUGCAAACAUAACUUUUGGUGUUAUCAUUCGAAAGUUGGGUUCGACAUGGUGCAUGUCAAAUCUUUGACUCCAGCGUUAGGGUUCCAACACCGCCGCCAAGAGCAACAGAAAUAUGCGCAGGAAAAAGACAAUUUCAUUUCUAGUCAUGCUAUACUUAAGUACAGACGUUAACGGUUCCAACAAGACCCAAUGAAUCCGUAUCGAAUCUCAUAGGGACAUAAUAGAAAUAAAGGAAAGUAAGACACUCAAAAAUAGAAUAGGACGACAUCUAGUGAAUGUUGACACUCCCCCUUAAGUUGGUAUAUGGGGUCAUCCGUGCCCAACUUGCAUGUAAUUCUCUGCAAUGACAUCCAUGUUAAUCCUUUUGUGAAGAUAUCUGCUACUUGUUAUGUUGAUCUCACAUGAGAUAUAGAGAUGAUUUUCUCCCCAAUUGUUUCUUUAAUAAAAUGUCAAUCAACCUCAAUGUGUUUUGUCUGAUCAUGUUGCACAUGAUUAUGUGCAAUGUCAAUGGCUGAUUUGUUGUCACAAUAUAGUUCAAUUGUUGUUGAAAAAUCAACUUUUAACUCUUCCAAUAGGCUUUUAAUUCAUGUAAUUAACUUUCCUCCAAUAAAGGAACAGUAGCUUGUGGUAGAUCUUUGAUCCGUGAUAGAGCCCGCAUAGUCAGCAUUUGUAUAAACUUUAACUAGUUUAUCACCUCCAGAUUUGUAUAAAAGACCCAAGCUAUAUGUGGCUUGAAUAUGAAUGUCGUUAGGAUCAUGCAUAAAUUGACUCAAUAGUCCCACAGCGAAUUUAAAUAUACCAACUUUUCAAUUAAAUGCAGAUACCAUCCUCUGUCCAUUGAAGGACUGUCUUUACCUAGUCCGAGUUUCACAUUAGCUUCUAGAGGAGUGUCGACUGGCUUAAAAUUCACUUUGCUUUUCUCUUGAAGUAAAUCAAAAAUAUACUUUUGUUGUGAUAUUAAAUCCUUUGACGUGAAUGAACCACUUCAAUGCCCAGAAAAUACUUUAACUUACCCAAACUUUUGACGUCAAAUCUUUGAGAUAAAUUUGUGCUAAGUGCUUUGAUUUCUUCUGAAUCAUUGCCUGUAAUUAUAAUAUCAUCUGUGUAUACAAGGAGUACAGUAACUCCCCGUCUUUGAGUGCUUGAUAAACAUUGUAUGGUCUCCAUUGCUUUGUAGAUAUUCUAUUCCUUCAUGGCUUGAGUGAAUUUAACAUACCAUGCUCUAGGGGACUGUUGAAGUCCAUAUAAUGUCUUUUUUAACCGACAUAUUGUUUGUGGUGUGUGUAUGACUCUCUAAAUCCGAGUGGAGGCUCCAUAUAAAUCACUUCUUCUAAGUCACCAUGUAAAAAUGCAUUAUUUACAUCAUAUAUAUGUAAAGGCCAAUGAAAGUGAGCUGCAAGUGAGAUAAAUUUUUUUACUGUAUUUAGCUUUGCUAGUGGAGCAAACAUUUUUGAAUAAUCGACUCCAUAUGAUUGGGUGAAACCUUUAGCAACUAAUCUUAUUUUAUAGCGUUCAAUUGAUCCAUCUACUCUAUGCUUCACCGUGUACAUCCACUUACAACCCACACUUUUCUUUCCUGGAGGAAGAUUAACUAACUCUCAUGUUUCAUUCUUGUAUAAUGCUUCCAUCUCAAGUGGCAUAGCUUCUCUCCAUCUCUUAUCAGCUAUAGCUUCACUAUGUGAGGAAUACAAUUAGAUUUAAGAUUAGUCAAAAAAGUUCUAUACGACUGUAAGAAAUGAGUAUAGUUGAAAUAAUUUGUCAUCAGAUACUUUGGAUAUAUCCUACACUUCCUUGCUCCUUCUCGUAAUGCAAUAGGGUCGUCUUGAGCAUCUCUCAUAGAAUUAUGUGGGUCUACCCCUUGAUGAUGAUCCAUUGAUUCUGAAAUAGGGAUAUCAUUAGAUGUAGGAAGGUCUGAGAUUGGAAAAUUAUUAUCUCUGAUUUUUUCCAAAUCAUUCUUAAUCCUCCUACAAUAUACUUGUAUCUCCUUAUUGACUAGUUGUAUGCUGUUUAAUACAUCAAUAUGAGUUUUAUUCUCAUCAAAACUAACUCCUUCACUUGGCACCAUUAGAAGAACUAAAUUUGGUUCAAAGGGUGUAUCCCUUGAUAUGAUAAUUCCGAGCUUCUCAUAGAAGAUUUCUUGAAAAAACUCUGUCCUUCAUCAAAGGUAACAUCAGCUGAAACGAAUAAUUUCCUCGAUACUGGAUCAUAACAUUGUGUCCUUUUUGGGUCAUAGAAUAGCUGAUAAAGACAAACUUUAUUGCCUUGGGAUCUAAUUUGCUUGUUGGAUGUGAGAUAUGUACAUAUGAUGUACAUCCAAACACUCGUGGAAUUAAACCACUUUUCAGUCUCACAUUUGGAUAUUUAGAAGAGAGAACAUCAAUUGGACUCUGAGCUUUUAAAACCUCUGAUGGAAGUCGAUUUAUUAGAUGAACAGCAGUUAAUGCUGCUUCUCCCCAUAAGUAUUUAGGCACCUCUUGAUGAAACAGUAAUACCCAAGUAGUAGUCAGUAUAUGUCUAGUCUUCUUUUCUGCCACACCAUUUUGUUAUGGUGUGUGAACACAUGAAGACUCAUGAAUGACUCCAUUUGCACUAAAAAAGGUUGACAAUGUAUGAUUGAAAUAAUCCUUAGCAUUGUCAGAGUGGAAGGGUCCAAAUUGACUUUUGACCAUAAAAAAAUAAUUCUGAAUCAUGUUGAAACAUCUGAUUUUUAUUUCAAAAUGUAUAUCCAUGUAGUACGAGUACAGUCAUCAACCAAAAUAAGAAACCAGCGUGCAUCAUUCAUAGUUGAGAUUGGACAUGGAUCCCACACAUCACUAUUAAUGUAAUCAAAUAGAACUUAACUGCGAGAAGAUGACAUGUGAAAAGAGGAUCUCUUAUGCUUAGCAAGUUGACAUGCAUCACAAACAAUUGUACUAUAAUUAAAUCCUUUGAAAUAUAAAGGAAACAUAUAGCAUAACAAUUCAAAUGAGGGAUGUCCCAAUCAACAGUGUAUGAUUCAGCAUCAGUUAUCUGGACAUCAAUGGUGUUUUCUGUUCUUCAGGGUAGAGUAAUCCAUCUCUCUCAACAGGUCCAAUCUUUCGAUCCAAAACCUUAUUAUAAAUAAAACAUCCAUUACAGUCCAACACAAUUCUGUAGCAAGUAUCCCGAACUAAUUUCAAUAGGGAUAGUAAUUGAGCUUUAAGCUCAGGUACAUGCAGAGCCCCUUUUAGAAUACCCAAAUUAUGUAUUUGGAGGUCGACUAUUCCAAGAACAUUUAAGGAUCCACCUCCUGUAGUAAAAACUUUCUGCGAGAAAGGACAUGCUGUAUAUGUAAUAAAUUUUGAUUGAUCAAGAGUCAUAUGAUUAGUUGCUCCUGUGUCAAGGAUCCACAUCUCACUGUGAGAGUGAUUGUGAGUAUAUAACUCAAAAGAAAAUAAAUUCGCACCUGUUUUGGCUAGAUGAGUGGAGCUGAGCGUUACUUUUAAUUUCUCCACCCCCCCACGAAUUAUUACAAUUCAUCACCAAUGUUUGCAAUUACUAGUUGAUUCGUCUCACUCAGUGUUUGUACAUUCCCUUCUGAGUUUGAAUUUACUGCUACAUAUAUUUGUCUUGGACGAUGUGGUUUUCCAUGUAACUUCUAGUAAUUCUCUUUAAUAUGGCCUUUCUUCUGAGAAUGAUUCUCUUUAGAAUAAUGAUUCCCGUACAUCAAUUUUCUGAGAAUAUUAUUGAUAAACUUGAUUACUGCCUUGCUGUUCCCCACUGUUCUGCUCCAUUGUAAUAAUAUUCGAACCAUUUUUGUACUUAGAUACAAAUGCAGUGUUAGUGGCUAAUACGACUUUCUUCUUCUGUUAUAAUUUGAAUUGCCUUAUUUAAAUUUGGAACUCACUCUCAAUGUAAGAUCUGACGUCGGAGAUUUUCAUACAAAUUCAUAAGGAAUUUAUAUAAUGUCCUUCUGUAUGUACAUUUGUUGUUCAGAUUCUGAUUUUUUUUGUUGGUCUAUAGUAGUCAAUCUCUCUCUAGGUGGCUUGUAAUUUACAUGCGUACUGUAGGACAGACCUCUCCCCUUGGACGAGGUCCAUUGCCUUCCUCACAAGGCUGUAGAUUUUCUAAUCAUUAUACCUUUUUGAGCAACUCCGAUGUAUACAGUCCCAUAAAUAUUUGACUGUUCUUAUAGAGAAGCAUUCAUAUGUUUCUAUUUUCAUGGUGCUCAGUAACCAUGUAUGAAUGAUAGCUUCCUCUGAUUUCUAACUUCGGUGUCGUGGGUCAGAGGCUUCUACAGGAGGUUAUGUAAGAUGAUCCUGUAGCUCUCAGCCUAGGAGAAUCAUUUCAAUGAAUUGUCCCUAUUAAUAUAGAUUCUUACCAUCGAAUCUCAUUUUUUCUAGUAUACCAGGAAGAACUUGAUAACAUUGCUCCCUCUUGCUAGCUGAAACUAGCACACUGGCCGAAGUAUUUGAGGAUUCUCUACUAGAAGCCAUGUGAUGUUUCUUUAAGAAAUACGAAUUGCUUCAAAAAAAGGGAACAUAUGCCAACUAUCGCAAGAAUAUGAAUUAUAACAAUCACAAGAGAUUCUAGGUCACUGUUGAAGUCGUGAAAUUUCCUUUCACUGAUCUCUCAAUCUUGAGAGAAGAAAUAGGAACUAACCUGCUCUUAUACUAUGUCAAAUCUUUGACUCUGGCAUUAGGGUUCCCACACAGCCGCCAAGAGCAACUGAAAAUAUGUGCAGGAAAAAGACAAUUUCAUUCCUAGUCGUGUUGUACUUAAGUACAAAUGUUAACAGUUCCAACAAGACCCAAUGAAUCUAUAUUGGAUCUCAUAGGGACAUAAUAAAAAUAAAGGAAAUUAAUACACUAAAAAACAAAAUAAGAUGAAAUCUAGUGAAUGUUGACAGUGCACACAUAAGGGCCACCAUUGUUUCUUCAUACUGCCUUUUCCAUAUUUUAAGAAACCACCAUAAGGGCCACCAUUGUUGAGAUAGUGCUGCUUCAUUAUUUUUAUCAGGUCAUAAUGUAUGGACUGGCUCUUAGAGCAUUAUUUACAAUUGCAUUUUAGCUGAUAUCAGUGAAGCUCUUGGAUGGUUCUUAUGCUCUUAGUUUUGAACUAGACCUCAAUAAACUAUGCACUUGCUAUGUGGUCGAGAUUAACGUAUUUUGGGAUUCGACAUUGCCUGUAACAAACCGUAAACAAGGAACCUGGAUCACGGAAGACGUCUGAGCAUGUGCCCAGGGGGCAGAGUGAGCUGUUAUAAUAAGAUUGAACAUUAUUAUCUUUACAAGCAAGUUACAGGCGAAUACAUGUUCCCUGUUUAGUCAAGCGUUGGUAGAGUAUUAAGCUGAGCUUUUUGAUGUCAUCUUAUCCACUGAAGUUGAUUACAUGAGUGUAAAAAGACCGACAGGACCCAAUGGAUCCACACUGGAUCUCAUAAGGACAUAACAGAAAUAAAAGUAAAAACACAAAACACAAGAAGGACGAGGUCUAAUGAAUGUUGACAGAUUGCAAGAAUCUGAAGGAUCUGACUGAGCUUAGUCCGGCACUGACCUUUUCAGAGGCCAAGAUUCCUAAAGCAAAAGUGGUGUAAUGCAGUAAGCCUUCUGAAACUGAUGACCUUUCAUCAUAGUUGUCUCUGAGAAGUCAUUUCUGUAUCAGGCAGAAAACUAGAGGAUAAAAUUGAAUGGGUAUCACACGCAGUUCAACCUUUGGCAGCCUAUAAUUCUUUGGUGCUAGAUCUGUUUCGUAAGGUCAAUGGCAGAUAUCAUGAAAUGUUUGAGCCAAAUAAAUUAAAAGUUUCUUUUGGCUUUCAUGAGGCAGAAGCAUCAACCAAAUUGAAUGGUUUAUGAACUCUAAAAUAGUUACAACUAAUCUCCUUGUACUAUUAAUGUGGGUUUGGAGUUUAGCCGGGAAAGUGGCAUGUUUCAGUUAUUGUAGGUUUUGUGAAUUGUCAAUUGGUGGAAUAGUUUGUUGCUUGUCUGUAAUAAAUUUCAUCAUGGUCUUAGUUAUCUGGUUUGAUUAUGCCCUGAUAUGUGUUCUUUUGGUACUAUAUGAUUUAUAUUUUAUCUUGAUGUUCUCAUGAUAAUGCGUAAAUCUGUACCCUUUGAUGUAAUCAUAAUCCACAUUCCGUGUCUUAUUCAGGUUUCUCGUUCUCUUGCUGCAUGUGAGGGUGCUCUUCUAGUUGUUGAUGCUUCUCAGGUGUGGGAUUUUUCUCUUGUCUUCAUGUGGAUUUACGAUUAUGCCUUAUUCUUUUUGCAGAUUCCAUUAGCAUGGACACUUAGAUAUCAUCUUUGAACCGAGCACAAACUGUCCGCACCUUGCUGUCAUACGGAGAAUUAGAUCUGUAGAUUAUACAGCUUAGAUGACAGUUCUACUCAUGAGGUCUCCUUGUGAUUUUGAUGAUGCAGGGGGUGGAAGCUCAAACACUUGCAAAUGUUUAUCUGGCUUUGGAGAACAACCUUGAAGUUAUACCUGUAAGGGCUAAACAAACUUCUUCUAUGUAAUUCUGUAACAGUUAAGUUAUUCUCUUCCUUGUUUCUAUUUUCCGACGGAUGAUGAUUGAGAUAAAUAUUAUGGAUAUAGAAAGGAGUAGACACUAACUGAUAAUGCUAUGCACACUUCAGCAUGAUGGUGGGGUACUGUUAAAUAUCCUGAAAUGGGAAAGGGUGGUGAUAGAGAUGUAUUUGGAGAUAGAAAUGAUAAAGCUUGCGGAAGGUGUAUUUUGAUGAAGUAAACAUAGAUGAGCUACUGGAGGAGACAGAAGGCUAAACAGGAAUUCAGUUUAUCUUGGAAUCUUUUUAUCUAUUUUUUCAAAAAAUAUAACAUCUAGAGCGACCACCUAGUUUCCUCCUGUUGCUUAUCCCUCUUCCUCUUGCUCACUCCCUUCAUCAGUGAAACUUCGUCUUUCGUAUUUACCAAACUGAGAUGUUUAAAGUCCUAUAUUUACGUAAGUCUUUAUCAUCGAACCAUUUAGGAUAUUAUUUUUUCCACUUUCCUGAAAAGCGUAUCUCAUAUAUUUGUCAUUAUUUUUAUACUCUUGUAACCUAAGAUAGCGGUCAAUGUUUUUCACUUAUUCUCUCAUACAUAGUUUUAUCUAUUAGCAUAUUUCAUCCAAAAAAAAUUAAUAUGGCACCUUUUUAUUCUGAAUACGCAUUGUAUCUCGCGUGCAAUAAUUUUUCCUCUGUAAAAAUCGCUUCCUUGUCUGACAUUGACCGCACGGUAUCUUUAGAGCUUCUAUGACCUGGUCUCUAAAUAAAUAAAACCAAUUUAUGGAUUCAGAAUCGUUUGUAGAAUAGUUCCAUCGAUGAUACAUCUCACUAAUCAUUCGAGCAACUCUGAGGGUUCUUUUUUUAGUAUUCUAUGCACUAUCUCUUGACUUAUCAAAGAUCUUUUUACUUCAAUUUUGAUAAAAUAGGCUUUAUCUACCUAUAUGCCCACAACAUUUAGAUAGUUCAGUUUACUCUCCAAUCUACCUUUCAUUUAUUUGUUUUUCGCUGAUGCUUCUGACUUCUUUCUUUUGGAGACUGUAACAAUGUUAAAGAUGAUCCAUUACCCCGAUACUCACUUGAAUUGGAAAAGUCAACAUCAACUUAAACGUGCGAAAAUUCUUUUCCCGUCUUCCACUAAACGUCUCAUCUUUGUUAGCGUCUUUCAUUAAUAGAAUUUCUCAUUUCUACAGUGGCUUAGCUUCGUUUUAGCUUCUUUGAACUUCCUCAGCGACUUCUUUGCCAAGCUUCAUACAGAAUUAAAUUGUUGUUCGUCAUUCUCUUUUGUAGUUCUAUGGUUUGCAGGUUCCAUUAUUUACAAUCCAAUGCAGUUGUUGUUCGAUUUCUUCCUAUAAAAGUUUCUAUCGAUGUCUAAUAGACCCAGACUUCUCCCUUAUAUGUUAAAUUCCUCGAAGUUACAUCAGAAUUAAUUUGCAUCCACAACUUAUCUUAUAAUACUUACUCCUUUGCCAAGUGUAACUAAAUUCAAUUUUUGGAACCAAAUUAUUCUUCUUCCCUAUUGAAUCCUAUGGAUUAUCAUUGUUUGUUGCACACUAUGAACUAGCUGUGAUCUGCAUCACAACAUUGGGAGGUCCUCUCAUGACGAUAAUGAAAGAGGAGUACGAGAUCUUUGAUAGUAUAUAAUGUGGCAAAAAAUUGUGUUUAACUAGAUAUGGCUCUUAAGGACAAUCCUCCUUGGGCUGGUGCUUUGUGGGCUAAAUGAUGCCCUAUACCAUUGGAGUUCUCAAGUUAAUCAUGCCCGGAGAUUCAUGUAAAAUAUGGGUAGCUGGGUGAUACUUUUCUCUCUGUUAUUUAAUUAUCACUUGCCUGAAUGUUCCGUUAUUUUUGACUUUUUAUCACUGAAUAGUUUUUCUUUAUAGGUAAUAAACAAAAUUGACCUCCCUGGUGCUGAACCUAAUCGUGUUGCUCGAGAGAUUGAAGAGGUUUGACAAUGUCCAUGGUUCUUGGAUUCUGAAUUUUUUUCGUUAAAUUUACUGACCUAUUCUCGGGGAAUAAUCAUGUCUUCAAAAAUCUCGCUAAUCUGCUCUGACCAGUUAAAUGCACUAAAGGUAAAUAAGGGUUCAACUUCUCCUGUCAUAAACUGCUGGUUGUAUGUUCCUAGUUGGCCAGAUUUUAACUGUAUUCAGGUUCUUAUUUUAUAGAUUGAUUACAUGAAAAAAUAUGUGUAUGCUACGUUUGCAUAAAAGGUUUCAAGAAGGCAAUUCAGUCUGAAACAAAUUUCCUAGGCAGUCUUGAAACGUGGAACUCGAAACCGGUUAAAGUGAACUAUAAUCUUUGUUUAGUUUUCUUGGUCCGUUGGGAUGUCAAUCCAGGGGCUCUGUACACAAUCAUUGCAUUGUUAAGAUUUAAUUUAAUUUUCUUCAUUAAAGACCAUAACCCAGAAAAAUAUAUAUUCCAUCUACGAUCUAAAGUGUUUAUAUCAAGAGCACAUUUUCCAAUCUGUUAUAGUUCCUAGAUACUUAUAUUAAUGUAACAUACAGAGAUAAGAGAAAAAAAAGUCGCUUACAACCUAUGUGGGUUACCGCACGUGCAUCUAUUUUUCCAUUAUUUUCUGCUAGUGUAGAUAUAAACUAGAAAAUCAUGAGCUAGAACUGGAAAUAAUGGUUAACUGACAUUAAACUAGCAUUAUUUAAGAAAGCCUUGGAUUCUUAAACAACCUUCAAAAUAUUUAAUUUUUGAUGGGCAACCAUAAACUCUCAUUUUUACCGAGCUUUCUCUUUUUAUUUUCGGUGUACAAUCAUUACAAAUGACAGUGCUCCCUGAAAACUGCAUUUUGGUAUGUGGAUACUUCUUGACUAACAGUUUAUGUUUACCAGAUCAUCGGAUUGGACUGUAGUGACGCAAUUCUUUGUUCAGCUAAGGUUUGGCAGAGUUUUUUCCCUCUUAUUUCUGCUGUAAGAGAUGCCUUAAGAAACAUCCCAUAUUAAAGGCAUAAAUUUCAUGAUUUGUUUCUGUCUAGGAAGGAAUAGGUAUCAUGGAAAUCCUUAAUGCCAUUGUCAGGCGUGUUCCGCCUCCUCAGGAAAAUGCUGAUAGGCCCCUAAGGGCCCUCAUAUUUGACAGGUGCCUAUUAAUAAUAUUGAGUUUAUUUUUUCAAUCUGAUUUACUUAAUUUCUGUCAAUUACAAUGCAUAUGGUAUUUCGUCUGUGCUACCAAAUUUUGGUACCUAUGAGAUUCUAGGUCGUUCAACUAUUUAUUUAACGAAAUGAUGGAAAAGAAAGGGGAAAGAAAUAAUAAAAACCACUAUUUGGAUCAGGGGUAAUUGAAAACUUAAUAGAUUACAUGAAUGGACCCAAACUGGAAAAUAACCAAAAAAGGGUUCCCAUUUCCCCUCCAUGCCCAUGACAAGGGUUCCCGCCAUAUCAUUCAUUUGUCUAACAUGCUGGGUUGACAGUUUAUCGUUGCACACUUUAUAACUGGAAUUCGCAUCAUACACACGUAUGAGUUUCACAUCUUAAUGCCUGAGGUUCAUUGAAUGCUCAAAUGUUGCUCCUCCUGAGGUGCAUUUAUUGGACUACACGGGGUUUCACUUAAAAAGUUCUUCUGAAAUGUGCAAAAUCUAUGACAUUCCUACUGGGUACUCUAAAAGACCUCUGAGCGUUUUCCCCCUGAUGGUCUCCCUUUGAUAAUUAUUUUAAGUUUUUAAAAAUUAUAAGAUUUAUUUGGUAUUAAUAUCAUGAAAGAUAAGAACUUCUCAUAUUUUCGCUACUUUUAUUUGUUACGGGCGAAAAAAAAACCCUAGGUGGACGCGAUAAAUUCCUAGUUUUAUUUGUCACGGGUCUGGUAAAUUCCUAGUUUUAGAACCUCUGGAUAAAAAAGUAGGCCAUUCAGGUUCUCUUCCAUGCACGAGUCAUCUAAACUUAAUGAGUUAUAUUCGUGUCGAAAUUUGUCUCUUGAUGCUUGUCGAGUUUCUACAGAUAUGUGGAAUUUUAUGUCGAGUCUCAAAAACCCCUCCGUCACCAUUAAAUGUGAACGUGUAAGCAGCGAUCUCCAUCCCCUGGUAGAAUAUCCUGGAAAACUGCACCAUUUUUACUACUUGGCAUGCAAAGUAACAAUAAUAUUUUUGAAUGAUGGAAAUGUGCUACAAAAAUGAUAGGAUUGAAGUGGAAUACAUAGUUCUUCAAUCUUCUACAUCUCCAUUCUUGUCUUGAAUUUUUUUCAUUAACUAGAGCCAUGGAAUUGGAUUAUUUGAUUAAACGAUAGAAAGGAAAUUAUUUUCUUGAUCGCAAGUUUGCUUGUAUAAUGUUUUUAAGCUGAAUCUGCUGCUCCUAGUCACAGAAAAGAGAAACACCCAAUUAUUUUUUACUGACAUAUGAACCCUUUUUCUCAUUGACUCGCUACCAUCCUUUCUGUCAAUUAUUUUCAAGAUUUUGCAUUUUUUUUCUUGUCUGUCCAUUUUUCAUCUAUCAUCUCAUUUCUGCCGUGUUCUUUCAUGCAGCUAUUAUGAUCCAUACAGGGGUGUCAUUGUCUACUUCCGAGUAAUUGAUGGAAGCAUAAAAAAGGGUGACAGAAUAUAUUUUAUGGCUAGUGGAAAGGUAAAUUUAUUGGGUUAUAAUUAGAACAUUCUAGACUUGUAAACUGUUUUACUGUGUUACUUUUUUCGUGGAUCACAAUACUACAAGGCAUCUUUUUGAAUCUCGCAUUAAAGUGCUCUGGAAAUGCCUCAGAGAGCCUUAAAAGUUGUGAAAUGUAGGAUGAAAGCCUUGCUUUUGUGGCCAUGCAUCGAAGAAAAUAUUGUUAACUAAAUUAUGAGCCAUUCAAGAAGUGUCUUGGCAUCUUAUUUUAACGACUACCGAAAAGUUUUGGCGUGUUAACUUGAUUCUCUUUUUGUAUUCUUCUAAAAAUAGGGAGCUAGAAGAUAUAAAACUUCAUAGAAAGGGAACGAUUUUUUUUUCCUCGAUUGUAUUGUCGUAUCAGAUGCGAGAUCUUGUACUCUUUUCACUAUGUUUGUGAAUUAUCUUCUUUCAAUCUGUUUGGAGAUGAAAAAACGUUAAAUAAUUAUCCAUAUUAUGGAAAAACAUUCUGCAGUAUAUAGUAUGCAAACAUUUGGAACAUCUUAGCCACAUUUAUCUUCCUUUACUAAGCUAUAAAAUCUUUUGUUUGAUCUGUAGUCCCAUAAGUGACUUUUCUUGCAUGAAUAACUGCUUACUCAGUCUUUGCAAGACAACUUAGCUUUUGAGGGUUUUUGAGUUGACAUGGUAUUUAGCAACAAAACGACAAGCAUUGUUUGCAAGUGUGUAGUUUCCUUGGAAGGGACCCCACUACAAAAGUGUCAAUCAUUCAUUGGGAAAUUUAAUCCUAGAUGUUCUCCUUGCAGUUUACGGUGGCUCCCAAUAUCUUCAGAGCUAUGAAUUGAUCCAAAUUAUUAAAACGCCAGUUAUUUAUUUCAAAAUUCUAUUUAUAUCUUUACACUCUCCCAAUAUGAUCCUUCUUAGUUGGGAUUAUGUUGUGCUCCCAAACAUCAUGUUGGAUGUUUAUAGUGGUUAAUAACGACUUGAAUUUUUUGGUAUUGUAUGGAAUGUGGUAUCCAUGUAAGAGGAGAGAUACGAUCUGGUGGUUGAUUCCUUUGUAUUAUCCAGGAUUAUUUCGCUGACGAAAUUGGUGUCUUAUCACCAAGUCAGUUGCAGGUUGAUGAAUUGUAUGCUGGUGAGGUAUACAAAAUUUCCCUUAAUGUUGCUUUAUUUUCCUCUUUGAUUUAUAUCGGAUGUAUAUGAAUGAAGCCUGUUAUUUUUUUCCACUUUAUUUCAUUUAAUAUGCAUUUUUCAUAGACUCAUUCAUCCCUGUUAGUGGUAUCUGUUUUCAAGAGAAAAUGUGAUUCUUGUUGAAAGAAUGUAGCAUUUUUUCUUCCUUUAAAAAUAAGUAAAUCCCUCUCUACAUUCAUCUCGACAUUGAAUGUGUACUCUACAAUCCAACAUGACUUUUUGAGAAGUGAUCUCACAAAAUUAUUAGAAGAGUUUAUUUUGAACUAACAAAAAGCAGUGAGAAAUGACAGAGGCCAUCUCCACCACAUAAACCAUGCAGGAGUGUCUUGUUUGUGGAUGGCAUAAUUUUCCUGUAAAUACUCUGUUUAAACCCUGUAGUGCUAUCAUGCACAAUACCUGGGCGAAAAGUAAGGUCCUGAUUUGGCUUUUAUAUUUCAUUUCCUCAAGUUUAAUGGGAUGUUGGGAGUUGCCAUAAUUUCCUGGGUGGGAGAGGUCUGGAUAAUAAGGAGAAAAUAUGGGCCGCAUUUUGUGCUUGCAAUCAGGUGAUAACGGAUUUUUUGUAAUUUCAGGAAUUUACUAAUCAUAUCUAGUAUAGGAUGGUGUGAGGACUAGGAUCGGUUGCCGACUGUGAAGGACUAGGAUUAGACUAGGAGGCCACUGUGAAGAUGUGGUUGUCGUCAAUGAAAACUCAUUCCAGGAUUAAAAUAAUUUCCAACAGCAUGUUUUAUCGAAAAUUAUCUUUAAACAACUAUUUGUCUUUUACCUCGUAGUUUUUAUGAAGCCCUUUAAACAUAAUUAGAACAAAAAGUGAUUGAUAUGAAAACAAUGUCUCACAAUAGAUCAUAUCAAAAAGUUGUUGCUCCCUAAAAGAGAGAUGGACUUAGUUUCUAAUAUGAGGGGGUGAAUUUCCGUGAAAACUGUCUCACAGUAAAUCAUACAAAAAGUUGUUACACCCUAAAGGAGAGAUGGACUUAAUUCUCAGAUAUGACAGGGUGAGUUUCCGUUUUAACUUAAUGGGGCGAUGUAUUGCGACUUUUCAUAGCUGUAAUGUCCUGGUCAACAGUCAUCUUUCAGGUAAUAUUACCUUCCUUUUGCUUGUUCUGAUGCAGGACGUUAGCUCAUCUUAUGACCACAGAUUUUACUUUGUUAUUUAUUUAUGUGCUGCAUUCUCCUAUUUGACCAGCAUGUUUUUCUUCUCAGUCAAGCGUUGAACACUUAGGAUUUAUAUUGAGACUUGUUUGAUAUGUUUAUGAUAACUCUUUUGAUAAACUUUCAUGAAUUCUAUAUUUUCAUAGAUACAUCCGUUUAUUCGUGCUUCAUUUUACAGGUGGGUUACCUUUCUGCUUCAAUAAGGACAGUGGCAGAUGCUAGGGUUGGUGAUACAAUUACUCACUUCAGUAGGAAGGCAGAACACUCCCUGCCAGGAUACGAGGAAGCCACGCCAAUGGUGUUUUGUGGUCUCUUUCCUGUUGAUGCCGACCAGUAUGUUCCUACCUCAGUUUCAAUAUUUUUUUCUGAUCUACAACUUUAAUUUUUUUUCAAAAUCGGAUGUUGAUUACUUGACAUGUGAGAUAGGUUUCCUGAGUUGCGUGACGCAUUGGAGAAGCUGCAGCUUAAUGAUGCCGCUUUGAAGGCAAGUUUUUUAUGAAACAUACGUAUCCAUCAUAUCCUUAAUUCAAUUGAAUAGAUAAUCCAAGCCUGGUUUAUGCUUGGUUUAAGUUUUUCAAUUAAUUUGAGCUCAAUCUCUCUAGAAAUAUAUUCAAAUGUAUUCACCUUAAUGCAAUUCAUCAUGCAGUCGUUUUAUAUGAUCCCAUUAUGUGAUAAAAGAAGAUUUUAUGGAAAAUGUGGACUAAUGAUGGAAGAGUAUCCGAGGCUAUGAAACAGAACCCACAUACAGAACUUGAUGUGCUAUCAAUAUUUAGAAGUCUGGUUGGGUUAAGUCCCUGAGGGACUAAACUCCAUGUUAGGCUCAAGCUGAUUCAAGCUGGUACUAGUAUUUAAUUCAUAAUGGAGUAAACGUUAAAUUUUUUGUGUUAAAAUAGUUACUAAAUUUAUAAAUUUCCUUUUCAUAAUUACUCUAUACACCAAGCACAUGAAAAAAAUUGGUGGUUUUACCAACUCAACUACGCUGUUUUAGUGCUCAUGCUCAAACUCAUCGCUGUUUUAGUGGUGGGUCAACGUGGAUAGUGGUGGGAAUUCUAUAUCAGUGUAACUGAUCAACAUUCAUGUUUCUAAGGUUACAUGAGAAUCUGUUAGAUUUCAGUGCAUGGUCGUUAAGCAGUUUUGUGCAAUUUGAGACUAUUUUUAUGCAGUUUGCUUGGUUACCACUCAAGAUAAUGCAGGUUAAGCAUGGUUUUGAUCUAUUGAUGAUUAGAUACAAUUUCGUUUAUGGGUUCUCAAACAGAUGUAAUACUUCUUCGAACCGUAUCCUAAUAAUUCUGAUCUCCAUUGCUCAUAUGCAUCCUUCUGACUCCCAAAAAUAUAUCAAUACUCCAGAAAAAUAGACUCCAACUGUGGAAAAAAAAAUUACUUGGCGCAGAAAAAGGAGAUUUGUAUGAUAACAGCAUUAAAAUGUCCAUCAUCCAGUGCAAAAAGUUCUGAAUUGAGUAUUUUUAAAAGUUUCCAAUAAAAAAUGUGAACUGCAGUUAGUUUUUAUGUUGACCCUUAACUCUUUCUCCAAAUCUCUUUGAUGCCAUCACAAACCCCCUUGAUGCAUUCUCUUUAGAUCCUCUGAGAUACAUGUGAAUAUUACCUUUAUACUGCGUUAAUGAUCCUCUCACUAAACCUUUUUGGAGACUUUAUUUAGAAACCCCAUUGCAUAUGUGCGAAAGAGAAAUGCUUUCCUUCUUUCUAUUUUUUUUCUGAUGGUGUGGAAUCCCUCAGUUGUGUAAAGCCUGUGGUAAUUGGAGUCACCCUUUUGUCCCUUCCUCUCUCCCCUUUCAUCCACCUUCACGUGCGUGGUGAACCUUUAUCCUCGAGUACUCAAUGCAUAUUUUUCUGUCUCAUUUGUAUUAGAUUAUCAUCUUCCGAAUUUUAUUUUUAUAUUUUUCCUGGGACAUCAUUGGAGCUAUCCUAUUAGAUCCUACAAAAUGUUCCACAAAUAUCCAAAUGUUGGACACAAUUUGUAUAACAUGGUGGGAACAAUUCAAGUUCUCAGUUUUGAAAAUAUAAAAUCAGUACAUUACUGAAUUUCUCUCUCUCUCUCUCUCUCUCUCUCUCUCUCUCUCUCUCCCCACUUGGUGCAUGCUUUCUUUCCGGUGGGUGAAAGAUAUCACAUGCUCCUCAUGUACUUUUGCCAGUUAUGUGGAUUCCCACACUCAUGAUUUUCGAAACGUGGGCUUCUUAAACCGCAGGCUUUAUGCCUAUUCUUUUCGUUGCCUUUGUAAUCUACUUUUCAGGCCUGAUCCUGAAAAAAAAUAAUUCAUGUCUGUUAUCUCCGUACAUAGUCCCCUUCAGUUAUUUGGCAUGGCUUUUACAUUAAAUAUAAAAAUGGCGACAAUUAGCUGCCUUUGGAUAAAGUUCUAGUCAUUGUCUUCCUUGUCAUGUCUGUAUUCGAUUCUUUUAUUCUGAUUUUUAUAUAUAUUAUGAAACUAAAAGUAAAUUAUUGAUCAAUGUCAAAAAACUAUCUGAGUUAGUCUUUCCAUCAUUCCUUAUUUUUAUCCUUCAACCUUUUGACUAACUGGUUCGAUCUGAUGUAUUUUGUACUUUUAUCAUUUUUCUGUAGAUCUAACUAACUAUGAUAUCCUUAGAAGUUGAAGAUGAAAAGCCUCGAUCUUUUGUUUUUUGCUCUUGAUUUUAUACCUGUGCAUUUAUGAUUAUCAAGGACUUUGAAGAAAUUGGUUUAUUGCAGAUAGUAUCAUACAUCACAUUCUCAUCUUCCUCGCAUGAGAAAUUUUAUAAAAAUGAUUUCUUAGAAUACAUACAUCAGACAUUGGUUCUGACUCCACAUGUGAUAGAAGCUAUAGUUGCUCUGGAUUUCCACGGAAGGCCAAGAAUUAUUAAAUGCAGAAGCAUUGUUCUCUUUCCUCUUCCUGAGGCUACUGUGAUUGGACAAAUUCUCUUCUCCUUUUUUUUCUCUUCUUAAGACAAUAUGAGAAAAACAUUAUUUUUUUAACAUAAAAGAACUAGAAUUUUUCUUACUUCUGGUAUUUAAUCUAUACGUUUACUGCAUAAUUAUCUACAUAAAGUGUUGCUAAUUGUCUUGAGUUUGGAAGCUGUUGGAACAUUUUCUAGAUCUCAGGUUUCAUUGUGCAGUUGUGAUUAUUGCUCGCAUGUGUCUAUGGGUUUUUGAUCUCAGAUUUGUGGUUAAAAAAAUUGCAGUUUGAACCCGAAACAUCUAGCGCCAUGGGCUUUGGUUUUCGAUGUGGUUUCCUUGGACUUUUGCAUAUGGAAAUUGUUCAGGUAAAUGCCACUUCCUUAUUAUUGUACAGUAGUCUUCUUCAAAUAUAAAGUGUACUAUCUCAUAAAAAAUUGGUUUCUUCAGGAAAGACUUGAGAGGGAAUAUAAUCUGACCUUGAUAACCACUGCUCCAAGUGUUGUGUACCGAAUCGAAUGUGUAAAUGGUGAUACUGUAAUUUCUCUUCACGACUUCAGCUUUUCUCUUGGAAGUCUCAUGUCUAUAGUUCAUUAGAUAUCAUACUGGACUUUUCAUUCAUACUGUUGAACUCAUUAUAUCAAUAUGUGCAUUGUCCCCUAUUUACUUUUUAUUAUUGAAAUUUUAAGUCUUCUGAUUAUUUUUUGGAAUAUAAUCAUUGUAUCUACCGAAUUAUUAUGUUAAAGAAGGAAACAUUUCUGAAGCAAGCAUAUGCAUUAUUUUUAUAAUUUUUUGGCACUAAGAAUUAGUUUAUCAACAUCACAGUUGAUAAAUCUGGUGGCAGAUUGAGUUGGAGCUCUAUAAUAUCCUCUCAUAGUCCUAAAGUGUUGCAGCUGAAGGAAAAUUUACCUCUUGGAUUUUUGUAAUUCCUAAAUAGAAGUACGAAUUUAGAGUGCUCAUUUGUUGCGGGAAGACUUGAAUAUGAAAUAAAUGGGAAAUAUUGAGUUGCCUUGGAUAUCUGAAUUUGAUUGACCUGGAAGGUUCUGGGUGUUCUUAUUUUUUCUGGCAUGCUUUUGACUUCAUUCUCGAAAAACAAGGUUUUGGUAGAGUUUAGGUGUUUUGGAAGAUUAGUUUUUGUAUGUCCAUGAUAUGUUUUCAUAUAUUUUUUCUAUUAACUGCCAAUUGGAGUACUUCUCUAACCUCGCAAUAUUUAUAAACUGUGUCAUUUUUAUCUUAUAAAUAUAUCUUUAAACUCCCAAUUUUUGUCCAAAUUACUUGUCUUCGUAGACUAUUUUCACCUCCUUUUGGACAUCACAGGUUAACAGAAUUAUCGUCUUCAUUCCACUAAAGGCGCUUAAAGUUCGCAAUCAAUUCCCCCGUCAUUGCAUUAUUGUUUUCUCUUUAAUCGUUAUAUCAAGAGCUUGGUUAUUAGAUUUUUUAAUUUAGUUUAAUAAUGAACAGUAAUUAUGUAUAUAUUGAUUAUUUUACGAAUGUACUAAUUAUGAUAGGCAGUGGUGAAUAAGCUUAAGUUGUCAUUCUUCAUGAUAGCCAUUCCUAAUUGUAAUUUUCUCUUAUACUUUUUGUGUAUGCUUUUAUCUAAAUGCAGAUUGAGUGUUCAAAUCCGUCGUUACUUCCUGAACCUGGGAAGAGAAAAUCCAUUGAGGAGCCAUACGUUAAGGUCCUUAUUUUUUCUAACCUUAAUUUUCUUGUUGCUUAUAUUCCCCAUACGAAAGUUCAUUACAGAUGGAGCCGUUAUGAUGUAAUAAUCUACCGGAAACCUAAUUUUUCAGAUUGAAAUGCUUACACCAAAGGAUUAUAUUGGCUCCCUUAUGGAGCUUGGUCAAGAUCGAAGAGGUGUGUUUAAGGAAAUGAAUUUUAUCUCUGAGAAUAGAGCUUCAAUCGUCUAUGAAUUGCCUUUGGCAGAGGUACUUAUCAUAAUGAAAAUUUAUUCUUUCUUUGAAAGGAAUUUUAAAUAAUUUUCUGUUUAAUUACAGCAGGCCAGUGAAAGGUAAUGCAAGUCAUGGAAUGCAACUCAGGGUUUCUUUAUCCAUUUACAGAUGGUUGGAGAAUUUUUUGAUCACCUGAAGUCUAGAAGCAAGGGAUAUGCUAGCAUGGAAUACUCUUUUAUAGGGUAAUUAUUUUUGGAUAUGAAAAUAUCUGAUUCUUUUCCAUUGUAAUGUUUAUCAUGCAUUGAUAUAUCUUGGGAGGCUGUUUGCUGAGUAAAAUUUCAGGCAUGAUUUUUUGUGUUUACCUGUUCUAUCAAGUUCAGGGGUGUUUGGGAGGCUGUGACAUACUAUGAGAUUUCCUAGGAUUCAGUAAUUCAACUUCCAAGAGAUUUGAGCGAUACAAAAGAGAUAGAACCCUUUUGUUGAAUUACUUAGAUAGUGCCAAAUGUUUGACUUAUUGGUCAGCAGACAAGUUAGGAAUCGUUGUCUAUAAAUCACUCAUGUUCCUGUCAUGGGUACUUUAUGAUUUUAUCGAGGCUGCAGUUACUCUUUAAAAGAACAAUAUAAGGCGUGUAUUAAACCUCUCUAAAGGAUACACUCUUUCUGAUAUAUUUCUUACUAUGCCUUUUAACACAUCUCUUUCCAAUCGUGGUUGGCUGCAUUAAUCUGGCCAAACCAGGAGAAGAAUUAUUGUUGUCCAUCUUAACAAUAGAACGAACAACAUAUAAUUCCCACUAGAUAUUUGAAUUUCAAAUGCAUAUGUAAAAGUGAGGUUAAUCGUGGUACAUUUAAUUCAAGAAUACAGGAAUUUCACACAGCUUUUUAUUCUCAAUAUCUAUUAUGUGUUUUUACACGGGUUUUAUAUUUGUAUAACUCAACAUUAGUAGUUAUGAGUUUGUUGAAUGAGGAAAUAUGGUAUUGUUUCUUAAAAAAAAUCCACCAGAAGACAGGAAAAUAAGAUAUGAUGGAAAAUUUAUGUAAGAGACUGCCCUGUUAAUUUUUAAUGUUCAUAUAAGUUUUAUAUUUAGCAUGUAGAAUCCUAAUUUAAGGUGGCAUUUUUCCUAUUUACCUUAGGUCGAACUGGUAUAUUUUUUCAGGUUGUGCAUUUCUUUGAAUUUUUUUGAUGGCAUGAUCCAUUAAGGAAUACUUCGCUUGUUUACCAAAACUCAUCAACUUUGGCAGUAUGAAUUCACUGCUAAUUACAGAAGUUUCAGAGAGUCACCUGAAACAUGAAACGUAUGUAUCCUAUUUGUUCUGUAACCAAUGUUUUGUAUUGAGACUUAUGGUGCCUUUUCUCAUCAAUAAAGCUUCCUUGAAACUUGCUUAUAAUAUAGCUCGAUUACCAAUUAAAGAGAAUUCUGCUUCCCUAGACACAGCAGAUUUACAUACUUUUCAUCCUAUUUUGUCAAGUGCACCCGUUUUGGAAAUAUUUUAUUUAGUUAAAUUAAUGUUGGUUGUCGACUCGCAUUUGACAGGUAUAGAGAGAGUGACUUGGUAAAACUUGAUAUCCAGAUAAAUGGCGAACCUGUUGAACCCUUAGCAACAAUAGUCCACAAGGACAAGGUAAUCAUAAACAUUUUCAGCAUAUUUUGCCAAUGAUUUUUGUUUUGUUUUUUAUGCAUUUUAACUAUACCAUAAAAUGAAUUCAUGGUAUAGAUGUAUAAAUCUGUUGUCCGUCAAUUCAUUGUCGAUGUAAGAUGUCGACUGACAACUUAGCAACAUUUUUUUGAAAGAGAUUUUGUUAAAAGAAAAACUGUAUCUUCGGAAGAAUGAUGAAAACCAUAAGGGAAUGUUAGCAUCGCCUGAGUUCCAAGAUGGUAAUUGUUAGAUACAAUAUUAUGCUCCCUGCUUUUCACUAACCUUUCAGUGUGUAUUGUACUUGUUUACCAAUGUGGGGUUAUUUAGUGAAAACUCGUGUAGUUUUUGCUUGUUCUUGCUCUUGAGUGGAACCCGUUACAGAUUUGUGCAGUUAGUGGUCAUCUCAUUGUAUCUACUGGUUUGAUUGCCAUGUCACAGAUUCUUGCCGUUCAUAGUUGUGUAUGUGCCUUCUCUUUGAUUUCUGUGUCUAUCCUUUAUUUCCAGGCAUAUUCUGUUGGUAGGGCCUUGACUCAAAAACUGAAGGAACUUAUACCACGUCAGAUGUUUAAAGUACCUAUUCAAGUAAGUCUUUUUUAUUUUCUGGAGUUUGUGGACUAGUUGAUGUUGGAGUAGAUUGACCAUUGGACACACAUGACUAGUUCAUGUUUAGUCUGUAGUCAUUACCAUCGUGAAUCAAAACAGUCGAUGUUUCCAUGUAUUGUGUAGUGAGAUAUGGAUGCCUAUAGAUGUGUCUCACAGUCCACAAAAAACAGAGAAGAGUGAAUUAGACUAAAGCUCUCCACGGUUCAUGAGAAGAAGAAAAUUUUACAAAUAUAGUAUUUAAAUGGAAAAUUAAUUAAAAUUACUUAUUGAUUUGUCAAAGUUAUAUUUUUACUGAAAACGAGUAGAUCACAUAUACGUCUAAUCCUUUCUUUAAUAGCAACCGUAGUCUCAUUUUGUCAUUUACUCAUCAGUUUUUUGUAGUGAUUUACAAUAUUGAAAUAUCACAUGAACGUAUGCAUGCUGAUGUUGGCAAAGUAGCUUUAGUCAUCCGUUCACCAAUGGCUGGAUAUGUCAUCUUAUUAUGAUUCCGUCCUGAUGAAAAAUCUCUGCGGAUGUCAAGGUUUUAAUUUCCAUGCGACGUUUCAUUCUCAAUCUCGCUUAUGGUAGACAGCGACAACGUGACAGAGAAUGAAUUUCCUUCUUGGGAACUUGUAAUUCUUGUGCCCCACUGUUCAUCAACUACAUUCUGAUCCAUAAUUCAUCUAAUGAUAGGCUUGCAUUGGUACCAAGGUAAUAGCCAGCGAAGCUCUGUCAGCAAUCAGGAAGGAUGUUCUAGCAAAAUGCUAUGGUAAGGCUUUAGCGCAAUCUACUUACCAAUCGCUGGCCAGAGAGCCAGUUAUUUAGUGGUUUUAUGGCUUCCCAUUUCUAUGAUAUUGCUCUUUUUUUAAUCACUGAAUUACCGUUUGAACAUACCUGCAGGAGGUGAUAUCACUCGCAAAAAGAAACUGUUAAGGAAGCAGGUGAGUCGUUUUGCAUAAAUAUAUUUCCCCUAAUAUAUUUCAUAGUAAUAUGAAAUCUUAGCUUUUCAUAGUAAUAUAUUUCCCCUAAUAAGAUGUUGAUAUUUAUCGAAAUCUUCUUGCUAAUAACUGUUUCUAGUUAUCGGGGCAGUGUGCCGCCCUUUUUACUUCUUUUUUCUUUUUCAAAAUAUUUCUUGUGGCGUGGAGGAUGAGAUGCUAGUAGUUGCAGCGUUUGUAUCUGAUGGGUGAGUCAUGCCCACUAUGAGCACUAGAUUCUUAGAUUGAUGUGAAGGUAAACAGCGACAGACGUCAGCUACUCCUUUCCAUGGCUAUGAUUAGUGGUAGAAAGAAAUUCCUUUGACCCUUUUCUGUUUUUACUAAACGGAGUUAGAAGGCCUCUUUUGUGUGCAUUUAGACGCGACGUGUGGAAAGAGGGUAGAACUGGUGCGUUGGACCCUCCAAGAACACACUUCAGAUUUCCAUCACUCCUGAUCAAAGCAGCCAACUUUCCAAGUCUGGAGUCUUCACUCCGAUGCCACUUAGGAAAGUUUCUAGCCGAGCCCACCAUGGGGAAACCAUUGUAUGAGAUGGAGGCAUGUCGCCAUAAGGUAGCUUCUUGGCCAAUAAUAGAAGCUAGUAGGAACCGUGAGAAGGCAGGCAGGCAAGCAAGCAAGCAAGCUUUCCUACUCUCAGAGGCAGAUCUACUCAGCCCAGAUUUAUUUAUUUAUUUAUUUUUGCAUGGGGAAAAUAGCAUCCACCGUUGAAAGCUGCUCCAAUUCCCCAGAGUGGUGCACACUGCCUGAUGCUGAUCAUCAUUCAUAGCCCUCAAGGAGCCCAUCACAUGUGUCACUGUGAUUGAUGGGUUCUUACUUAAUCUGAGAGGGAAAAAAGCCCGCUAUUUUAGCAAAGAACGGGCCUCCUGCUUUAUCUGAGAGGCCCGCCUCUUCCUCCAUGAAUUGAUGUUGUGGUGUUGUGUUGUGGCCCGCCAGGCGGAGGGGAAGAAGAGGAUGAAAUCGAUCGGCAGGGUGGAAGUGCCCCAGGAAGCGUUCAUGGCGGUGCUCAAGCUGGAAAAGGAGGUGAUUUGA